GAUCUUGUUUUAUUUCAAUUUAAUAUUUGAAAAGACGCAGGUGAAAAGCAGGUAGAGUGAAUGCUAGUUUCUAUUUAUUUAUUCUUUUGUAUUUGACCAACAUUAUGAAUAUACUAGUAGUUUUACUGUGAUUCUGACCAAAAAAACAAUCAUCAUGCCAACAUCGUUGGUGCCUAAAUUAUCCCUUACCCCGGUAAAGUUUAACCGUUUGGAAUCUCUUACCGAGGAUGCGGUGAGCAGUCAAAGACUGCCAGAAACGGAGAGAUAUGACGAAGAGAGUCCCAAAGGAAAAAAGAAAUUAAAGAAACGCUUAAGUCGCCGAGAUUCCAUGAUGAACGUUUUAAGAGAUGAGCUGAAGAAUAUGGAAUCGCUUCCGGCGCUAAAAACGCACCGUGCGCCAAGCGUGAUGGACGAGUGGAUAAACGGCGAGGAUGGCGCACACGAGGACUUACUCCCAAUAAGUACGCGAAGUCGUAACAGAAGAUACAGUGUGGGAGACGGUGACUACAGUCGUGGACAUCUUCCUGUGUCGAGACGAAGCAUAUCCGGUGGGUCCGAUGACGUCAUUGUUUCCGGUUACGAACUGAAGAAAAUUCGGAUGCUGCAGUCUCUUGAAAGCAUGGGAGUGGCAAUACCCAGAAAAAGAGUUCAACGGAACUCGACUUCUGACGAGAGAGAAAUUUUACAGAGUAUGGAGUUUGCCAAACGUCAAAGUUUAUCAACAAGGCUCUUACAGACGGUCAACAAAAAGCCCAGGAUCAGACACCGCUCUCGUUCUCACUCUCGUUCUGAAGAGGUGAUAAUGCAGUCUCCAGUGAGAGAGCAGUCGCAGACGAAAGAUGCUGAAGAUGACGAAAGCAGGGAUCAAGUGAAUACGAUGCUUAAAGCGAUAACGAAGAAAGUGAUUGAUCCGAACAACCAGGUGGUGUUUGGGAACGCCGGUGUAAAAAACGUCUCAUAUGAUCUCGGAAAUGACGUCAUUGGAUCGUUUAGACGGAAGAUACGGAGGAGAAAGGUUCGUCCAUUCCAAAAAUGGAAGCGUCUCUCAAAAUUCAUAGUGGUAUUGAUUCGGGCAUGGAAGAUCCACUCUCAAUCCGUUAACUCGAUAUUGGGGAUGUUUGAGUCGCUGGAUGCAUUGACCAAUUCCUAUGAGACUAAAGACCUUAUGUUUAACGUUACCGACUACAAGGCCGGAAAAGAGGGCCUUAUAUCUCAAGAAUUACGUAGAAUUUUGGAGAAGAGGCCGUCAGCAAGAUCAUCUGAGGAAGUGCAUUAUGUUCAAAUCGCUCUCAGAAACUACAAAUCCAUCGCGGAAUACCCCGUGGACAUGCAGAAGAAAAUAGCUUCAAGGGGUUGGUAUGAGUCAUAUGACGCAAAACGAGUAAUCGUAAGAGAAGGGCACUUGCCCAUGUGCUUCUACUUUUUACUGACCGGCUCAGCUGUCGUGUCUUUCCUGGACUCGAACACCAACACCAACAAGACCGUCAUCUUCCUCAAUCGAGGAGACAGCUUCGGCGAGCAGGCGAUCAUGACGCGGACCCUGCGGCAGACGACAGUCAUUUCCCGCGAAAAAAUCGAACUUCUAGUCAUGUCAGAUGAGGAUUUUAUUGACAUUUUUAUGUCUGGUGGACUGCGUGAUGUGAACGACCCAUUCAUAAAAUCUCUGAAGUUUCUUCAAGAGUGGCCUGUUGAAAAAUUAGCUGAUAACCCUAAAAAAGCAAUUUUCAGCUUUUUCAAAAGAGGGAAGGUUUUAAUCAAAGACACGUCGAAAAGUGACUGGAUAUUCGUUGUUAAAUCGGGAAGUUGCAGUUUGCUAAAACGGCUUCGACUUAUUGAUCCAACGAAGAAAAAACCAAAAAGCAGGAAGAAAGAGUGGCGUGAUAAAAUUGAAGAAUGUUUGAAAAUUGGCGCCUCGUUGUCUCAUCAAGACCAAGUGACACUACUGUACGAAGAGGAAGUGAAGAAACUGGAACAGCAGAACGUCACCCUUAGAUACUACGCUCUUCCUGAUAUCAACAUUGCCACAAAUGAAGCUUACAACGAUCUACGUCAAAUGCAUGAUGAGAUGAUAGAAAACAAUUACAUCAAGAGAACCAUUGCGGAUUUAAAGCAGCGCGCCGCAAACGAAGGUUCCAUUAUCACAGAGACUGAAUUCGAACUGGACGAGGAGGAGAGAAUUAACCAGGAAGCCAGGAACUACCGGCGCAUGUCCCUGGUGGACCUCACCAAUCUCGUCUCCAAGGGACCAUAUAUGUCAAAACCAAAGAAAGGAACGGACAAUUCAAAAUCAGCAACCACGGUCCGUACCACCACAUACGAAACUGAAUCUGGUGAAGUGGAGACGGUACAAGAUUACACUAUGACCGGAGGUGACGUCACACAAGAAAGGAUGUCCAAUCAUCCAGCUUCCUCUAAAAGCCGGGAGGAACCUGCACCCAUCGAAAACGACGGAGGAGACUAUGUCUUUGUAAACUGCCACACGCUUACGAAAGGCCAGAUUUUUGGUUUACAAGAUAUAUGCUUCGAGAACCAGCCCGAUUUUAGUCUAGUCAGCAAUGGCGUAGAGGUGAUCAUGAUCAAUAAAAAGUUUUACACAGAAAAUAUGACCAAUAACCAACUCAUCAGAUUAAGAGAGCAUGUGUGGCCUUACCCCAGCUCCGAGGACCUACAGUCCACUCUGGACAACCACAUCCGGUGGGACUAUCACAAAAAGCUCAACAUGAAGAAGUCCCUCCGCGAUGUCCGGAUGAGGAACCUCCCCCCAAACGACUCCAGGGCCCACUUGAGUGUCCCGAAAGUGGGAGAGGAGAACAGCUACUGAGACGGGCCCUCCUGGAGAAAUGAAUUUAAGGGAUCGUUUACAUUGAACUACUGGUGGUUUUUAUUUGAUACGGUUCUAAAAAGAGACGAUGAUUGAAAAUUUGUUGAUUUGAGAAUUUAAAAGGUCAAUUUGUUAAUGGGAUAAGGUUAUAACUUUCAUACAUAAUAUUUCACCCUUGCUUAGAAAAAAAUUACACAAUGCAUUUUUUUUUCAAUAGACAAGUAUGCAAUUAUUUUUAUUCACGUAAUACAAUCCAUAUUUGUCAAGUAUUUCUGACUGCAAGGUACUUACAUGUUACUUACAUGUACAUGUACUAGUGUGUCAUUAUCAGCUUGUCGGUAUUCAGCUUCUUUUUAUAACAACUCUUUCUUUGAUGUGGGAACACGUUUAAACCAUUGUUUCAUAACGAAUUAUUCUAAGCUGUUGUUGCGUUUACAUGUACAUAUAUAUAUAUUUCCUUACAAUCUGGAUUAUUUCAGAUAUAUUAUAUCGUUUUAUCGUUUCAUUGUGCUUACUGUGCCAAAUGCUCAUGACUGUGAUGCUGUCCAUUUGCCUUCAAGAGAUUCAAAGAAUCUCGUUACCAUGGUAUUCAUGACGUCAUUAUGUGUUGAUUCUUACGAAAAGAGAAAACGGGUUGGAUUUUAUUGUUUUAAAAGAUGUACCAGAUGUAUAUCAAUUAAAGCUUUGAUUACACUUCAAAAAACUCUUCGCUCUUCAUAAGUUUUCAAAAAAAUAUGACUUUACAUAGAAAAUGUAAUCUUAUUUUAUUCUUCUUUUUUGUUUCCGGCAUGAAAUUUUGUAGAUUUUUCUUUUGACAAGUCAUUUCUAUAUAAAGCGGUU